UCAACAUGUAAGAUACACAGUAUACAAACCCAGGCACACACGCUUGCUCCGUCCAACCCAGCACAUCCGGCGGAGCAACUGAACAAUCAACAUGUGGAGACCCACGCUCCUCCUGGCCGCCGCGCUGGCCCUCCCGUCCCAUGCGCUGCACUUCUUCAUGGACGGCGCAACACAGAAGUGCUUCUUCGAGGAGCUCCCCAAAGACACACUCGUAGUCGGCCACUACGACGCCCUCGAAUGGGACGACCACACGCAAACCUACCAAAGCAAACCCGACGUCGGCGUCUUCAUCACCGUCGAGGAAACCUUCGAUAACUACCACCGCGUCGUCGCCCAACGGGGCGCCAACAAGGGCAAAUUCACCUUCACGGCGGCCGAUUCAGGCGAACAUCGCCUCUGCUUCACCCCUCAGAAUGUCCACUCGACCGGGGGAUGGUUGAGCAGCAGCGGCGUCCAUGGAUACGUGAGGUUCCAUUUGGAUCUGGCGAUUGGAGAGACGAGCAAAAUUGAGAGCACGGAUAAGGGCAAGAUCGAUGAGAUGGUGCAGAAGGUGCGGGACCUGAAUAGCAGGUUGCAGGAUAUCAGGAGGGAGCAGGUUUUCCAGAGAGAACGUGAGGCCGAAUUCCGCGACCAGUCCGAGUCCACGAAUGCCCGCGUCGUGCGGUGGUCACUUAUACAACUAGGCGUUCUGGGAAUUACAUGCGCGUGGCAGCUAUCGCACCUGCGCUCGUUCUUCAUCAAGCAAAAGCUCACAUAAGGGGGACCUUUGGGAGAGAGGAAUGGGAUUGUCUGGGGUGGCUUCGGUGGAUAUGAGUGCAUUGUACUGCUUGGAUCGCGGGCUCCGGCGUUGCAUGGGAACUUAGCGCUUGAUAUAGAAAUGAACACGGUAUCAUGCUAGCUGUUAGCGCG